UUUUAUUGGUUGGGACUUGGGACGGCUCGUAAAUUAACCUUACCUUACCAAGGGGUAUUCUGAUCUGAGCCACCGCACCACCGAACCCCGACCAUGUUCCGACAAGCGCCUCAGCUCAUGGCACGAGCCACCACGGUGGCGAUGAGGUGUCGCCGCCAGUUCUCCACCGACGUCCCGGUGGAAGCUUCCGUGGACUCGACGUUCGUGGAGGCGUGGAGGAAAUUGAUACCAAACAUUGAGCCACCGAAGACUCCGUCGUCCUUCAUGACUCCUCGCCCUUCUACGCCUGCCUCCAUCCCCACCAAGCUCACCGUCAACUUCGUUCUUCCUUAUUCCUCUCAACUAUCCAACAAAGAGGUUGACAUGGUCAUAAUCCCGGCAACUACUGGACUGAUGGGUGUUCUACCUGGGCAUGUAGCCACAAUUGCAGAGUUGAAGCCCGGAGUCUUCUCAGUUCAUGAAGGUAAUGAGGUUACCAAAUACUUUGUUAGUAGUGGGUUUGCAUUUAUUCAUGCAAAUUCUUUUGCCGACAUAAUUGCCGUUGAAGCCAUACCACUUGACCACAUCGACCUGAGCCUGGUCCAUAAGGGUCUUGCAGACUUCACUCAGAAACUGAACUCGGCAUCAACGGACUUGGAGAAAGCUGAAGCCCAGAUUGGUGUCGAUGUACACAGUGCCCUUAACUCUGCUCUUACAGGUUAAAUGUGUCCACACCUCUUUGAGGUUUGUUUUAGCUUUGCACAAGUGUCUUUUAGUCGGAGUGAUGUUCUAUAUUGAAGAUGAUAAAACCUUUUUGAAUAAACUUUUUGGAGGGAAGAAAAGCUCUUUGUGUUAAACGAGUUUGUUAGUUGCUGCAUCACUUGUACUGACUUCUUGGAAUCACAAUAAUGUAUAACUUGGAUCCUUGUUUUGUAUCAGCUUUGUUUUUUGAGUGUGUUAUGAUUUAUGGAUA